AUGUUAUGCAGCUUGAACUGAACUGUUCAAACAGCCUCGAUGAAGUUCUUUUUUUGUAUUACUAAACUCCGCCCUGGUGGCCGACUUGAACCGACUUCUUUUAAGAUUUCAAAGCGGCGAGUUUGAGUCCGGGUGGAGGGUCAGAGCGGGCUUCCAAACACGUGUUACAUCGACCUCCAAAUCUAUAUCUAUUCAUGAAAUAUUCCGCUGAACUUUCAUGCUGAGCUUAUUUAUAGUUUGAGGGGAACAGUGUGACUACUAAACUUGUUUUCGAGGAGGAAACGCGCUGCAAACUUUGAGCGGCACUGUACUCAUGUGUUAUACAUUUGUAACAAACAGAAACGUUUUGACUUGAACUCGUUUUUUUUUCUUUUUUUGCUGAAAAUAGUUAUUUGUAACGCAUUUUGAUCGUUUUAUUUAGCUUUAGUUGUUAUAAUAUAAACGAGACACAACUGGAAAGCACUGCAUGAUCCUCUAUGUACUGCAUCACUGAUUCCACUGAGAAGACCUGAGACAUGAGCGAGAAACACACGCUGGAAGACACUAAACUAAAUCCGGAAGACUCGGCGAACCAUGCGAAGCUCGAGGCGGGCGACGCGUCUAAGCUCCCCGGCGACCGGAGCUCAGAGGACGGCCACGGGGAGCCGCAGCCGACCCGUCUGUACAAACGCCGCUGGAUUAUCGUGUUUCUCUUCAGCUCCUAUUCGCUGUGCAACUCGUAUCAAUGGAUCCAGUACGGAAUCAUCGGAAACAUCUUCAUGAAGUUCUACAACGUGGAAGCGUUCACCAUAGACUGGAUGUCGAUGAUCUACAUGCUGACGUACAUCCCGUUGAUCUUCCCGGUGACCUGGCUGCUGGACAGAAAGGGGCUCCGGGUGAUCGCGCUGGUGGGCACGGCGCUCAACUGCGUCGGGACGUGGGUCAAAGUGGCCAGCGUCCGGUCCGAUCUGUUCGCCGUCACCUUCCUGGGGCAGUUCUGCUGCUCCUUGGCGCAGGUCUUCAUCCUGGGGAUGCCGUCGAAAAUCGCCUCUGUGUGGUUCGGUUCGGAGGAGGUGUCCACCGCCUGCUCCAUCGGAGUCUUCGGGAAUCAGAUGGGCUGUGCCAUCGGGUUCCUCUUACCUCCAAUCCUGGUGCCUAACUUGGAAGACAUGGACGAGCUGGCAGAGCACAUCAAAACCAUGUUCUACAUAACAGCAGGAGUGGCUACUUUUCUUUUUAUCCUCGUUAUCUUUGUUUUCCAGGAGCGCCCGAAGCUUCCCCCGACUCUGGCGCAGGCCUCAGCUCGCGCAAUGCCACCAGAGGACUACUCCUAUGUAGCGUCCAUCCUCAGGCUGCUUCGAAACAAACCCUUUGUGCUCCUCAUCGUCAGUUAUGGUCUGAAUGUGGGCUGCUAUUACGCUGUAGGAACCCUGCUGAACCGCAUGAUCAUCGACCGUUACCCUGGUGAAGAAGUGAAUGCUGGGAGGAUUGGGCUCACAAUUGUCGUUGCAGGGAUGGUUGGCUCCCUGAUCUGUGGAAUCUGGCUCGACAGAACAAAGACAUACAAACAAACUACUCUGGCUGUGUACGUCAUGACUCUGGUGGGUAUGAUCGUAUACACUGCGACACUCGACCAGGGACUCCUCUGGGUGGUGUUCAUCACUGCUGGAUGUCUUGGGUUCUUCAUGACAGGCUACCUGCCUCUCGGUUUCGAGUUUGCAGCUGAGCUGACGUACCCAGAGUCAGAGGGAACGUCUUCGGGAUUGCUGAACUGUUCAGCACAGGUGUUUGGCAUCAUAUUCACCAUCUGCCAAGGGAAAAUCAUCGACAAGUUUGGGACGUUGGCAGGAAACAUCUUCCUCUGUGUCUUCCUGCUAAUUGGCUCAAUAAUGACAGGUUUGAUCAAGUCUGAUCUACGGAGACAAAAUGCAAACCGACUGGCCAAAGAAGAGGCGGAGAGGCGGAUGCUGGAGCAAGACUACGGAGCGACAACCCAAAUCUCACCCCAGCCACAAACUCCUUCCUCUCAAGCCUGAUCAAACAAAAAUUUUCUGUGCACACAAAAAAAAAAUCUCCUCAAAUUUUAGCUCAACACACAGCAUUAGAAAGGUAGGAGCACAGAACAAUCACACACCAUUGUUGAUUAUCUUGCCACCUUCUGUACACUAUUUCACUGCGCACCUUUAAAUCUCUCCACUCUGUCUCUCUGUAUGUGAAGAUCAAUGCUUAAUCAACUGUAUUUUUUAAAAUUCUUUCAGUGUGUUGCUUGAAAUGAUUUUUUCCCCAGAUUCAGCGAAUUAAUCUGAGCGAGCAAAAUGCGUUUUGCUCAAAUUACUUUUUUCAAAUGCAUUAUUACGGACACUGAAGAAAAUACAUUUAGCUAACUCACCAUGUAAAAGGUACUUUUGCAAAAGGAAAAGAAAAAUCCCCAACAGCUGAGCAUAUUUGUUAGUCUCUUAAAGAUUUUUCUUUCACAUCUUAUUUUAAAUAAUUUAUGGAUAAAAUUUAAAAAUCAAACUAAUCUCUGUUUAAGGGUUUAAGUGUAGCUCAAAGGAAGUCGGUAGAAUAAACCAGAUCAUAUUUUCACCGUUUGUUUUCCUCAUAAUUUGCAGCAUUAAAGUAGCCAUAUUGUGAGACUGUAGUUUGGCAUACUACUGACAUUUAUCUUUUUUUUUUAAUAGCAGAAUUUCAUUUAAGCUUCAUGUAAUCUCUCAUGAUCCUCCCAUCACCGUACUUUACUGCCUCCAUCUGAUGUUUUUGUUGCUUUAGCUGUGAGAAUCUUUGCUAACUCUUUGUCAGUCAGGACGAGAAACACUUGGCAUUUCCUGUUGAAAUGUUUAAUUUUGUGAGAACCCAUCCACAACUUCAGCAGGCUUUAAUUGUGCCGUCUGCAGUGUGGGGUAGCUCAAGAGGUAGAAAUCUUGUCAAAUCCCCAACACUAUGCACUUGGUGUAUAUGAAUCACCUCAUAAAACUGACAUAACCUUUGACCUGCUCGACAUUUUGUUAUGGAAAAUACCACAAACUUUGUAUUUUAUUGGGAUUUUAUUUGAUAUAACAACACAAAGUAGUGCCUGAUUGUGAACUGUUAGAACUCGAUAGUUUAAUGUUUGUUUUUUUUCUCUUUACUUUUAAUGAAUUAGCAUGAAAUGGUUCUCAUUUGUUGUUGGUGGUAAGAACCAAACGUACUCAGUGUGAAGCAUUAUUAUCAGGCAUGUUUUUGUGUAAAUACGCUUACUAUGUUUGGCUAAACAUGCAAGUCAAAUGGCUAAUUUUGGUGUACAUAUAGACAUUUAUAUUAACUUAAUACGUUUUUUAAUUUACAGAAACCUCCUGAUUCCACCAUGGGAAACUUGGACUUACCCACCAUCAUCAAAGAAGUCCGGUUAUAGAGGAAUUAAUUUAAUCUUCGACGAUUUUAAUAUGAAGGACUGAUAAUCAUGAAACCAUCAGAUUGUUUUCUCUUCUGGAUAGACUGAGACAAAUGUGUGAAACAAUGCUGCCUUGACAGUUUGAUCUGUCAGUAUUUAAUUUUUUUAUGUUUAUUAAUAUUAUCUGACUAAAAUAGAGCAACAAAGUUUGAUACUUUGUUGUUUCACUUUAGAUUUGAUUUCAUUGCACAGUAGUUUUGAGAUUUAGGUGUCUGAUUAUGUCCAGAGUUGCUGGGAAAACUGAAAUCGUAAUAGUGUUUUUUUUGGUUUGUUUUCUUUUUUUUUAUUAAUAUUUUUUUAUUUUUUUGUGCAAACCUCACAAGGUGAGGGGCAGUGUUUUUACUACUAGAGUAUGUCAAAACCCAAUUAAUGAAAACAAAGAGAAAUAUCUGCACACUUUUAUGAAAACAGUCACAACUUGUGCUGCUGUAGUAGAAUCCAAUAUUAGAGACUGACUUAAAGGGGCAGUGUUAUAUAAAAUUGACUUUCUUGAACUUUACACCAUGUUAUAAUGUUAUUCCCUCAUCAAACACAUACCUGAAGUAUUGCCUUGAUUCUUCCAUUCAUGUUUGAGAAAUUAUUCAGUCUCCCGUGGCAACCAUUCAGCUGUGCACAAAGCCUGGGGGGACCUAGCACCACCUUCGAGAUGCAACUUCACCUUCGUGCUGCAGUUUUGGAGCUUCUGAGCUUCCGCCUCACAGAGCAGACCUCCCCAGCAACUGCCCCACUCAGCUCCUUCAGACUAGUCAGCAGCAAUUAGUGAACACCUGGUGGAUCUGCUGAGCUUGUUAUGCGAGCUACUUCUCAGUGCAACGCUGGUAAAACCGCUGUUGAAGGGUUAAUACUUCCUGAAUGAUGUGAUUACUUCCUGAAAGUGAGAGUUUUCAGAGAAAGAGACCCAAUUUCAAGUCACUAAAUACUGAAGUCAAAUUUCUUUUGAGUGAUAUUUGUUAUAUGCAGCAUUUUUAUAACAACUGAAGGCAAAAUAGUUAGUUGAUUGUGCCAUAAAAUUUCACUAUGUGCCUACAAAACAGAUAAUAUUUUCCCCUUCACAGGAGAAAAUAUCCAUGUAAUUUAUCAGCGAGCAGAGCGUUCAGUUUUCGAAGGGCUGAAUCUAAACAGCACGUUUCUGGUCACGCUGACUAUUCAAAGCACUUUACACCAAAGCCAGAUUCAACCAAUCAUGCUCACAUUUGUACAAGACGUAGAUUGGUAGACAAUUUGGCACAUUGACAAAUGGCAGAAAUCAAACCCACAACUGUUGGAUUGCAAGACAAUUAAUUAGCUGCUGAGCUGCAGUUGCCCUUGAGCCACAAUCACCCAUAAAGCCCUCUUUACCUUCUGUGAAGACAAGUCAUCACUCCCCUUGCAAACAUGUACAGUGGCCUACAGUUAUUGGUGCCCCUGGAGAAGAGGUGAAGAAGCCCCUUACAUCAAUUGUUAUUAGGGACAUUUGGCAACCCUGAUAUUUGUCCUCUUAGUUUCAGUAGCCUACUUUAAUUUUCUUUAAAUUUUCUCUACCUUCCUUUUCACUUGGUAGGGACCUUGUGUGUCAUUGUUCCAGUUAUUUCACUUUUGUUAUUUCUCCUGUUAUUUCUCUUUAGGUUGGUAGUUAUUUUUCUUUCAACCACUCUAAUGACUAGACUAAAUUUCUCUCACGUCAGCUGAGUGUUUUUUGUCUUUCACAUUUUUGAAGACCGUCACUAAAUCUAGCCUCUGUGUUAAGUCAUAUUGGAAACACAUUUUGAAAAAGAAAAAGAUGGUUUUCCAAUUAAACACUAAUUACCUUGGAACUCUAAAGAAACAAAUGGCAAUCGUAUUUCAGCUACAUUCUUAGACUCGAUUAUUUUUCCCCGGUGGAUUAUUCUUUUCAAAUUAAAAGAUGGAUUUUUCUAAAAUUGGCAGUGCAAAGAAAUAUUUAAGGUGCUAUACUGUGAUAAAAAUGAUGUAAACUUUAUAACUGUUUUAUUUUUGAAAAAUAAGACUUAUUUAUAACAAAAGAGGGAUUCUAGUUUCUUGCAAUCAUACUGAAGUUUAUUUCUUAGGGAUUUAAGUACAUAAAAAGAACUAGUCAGAAAAUUAGAGAAGAAAUUUGGGAACAAUAUUGAUUCAGCAACACAGACCCACACCCUGCAUGCAAACAUCCACACUCAGGCACAGGAAUCAAAUUAAAGUUUGGACUAAUCCUGAUUUAUUAUUAUUUUUAAAGUUUUUGAUUCUCUGAAUUAGUAAAAUACAAUAAGUGUCAGACAAACAGCCACACUUGCUUACAGGCACUGAAUGACUCUUGCUCUGAUUACACUUUAUAGUUAUUAUACUUUAGACGCUCAUGGAUGUCAUUAGAGUGGGAUAAGAGGUUGUUUUGCUAAUCUAAAAGGUUCAUCAAGGAUAUUUUCAAGGUCAGUUAGAGACAGUUAUAAAAGUGUGAAAGGUCAGAUUUGAAGUGUUAGUGCUGAGUGCUAAUUUCACUUAAAAAAAAAAAAAACAACUGACUUUUCACCGAUUCAACAGUCUGGACGUUUUCCACAUGUCCUCUUGUGUUGACUGGUUACUUUGUUUUCACAGUUUUACGGAUUAUCACUAUAAGCACACUUACUCUCUUAUGUUCCUCUAGAACCAUUAAGAUUAGCAUUAAGCAUUAUUGUCUUUUUUGGUCAUUUUUGUCAAAAAUGUCUCAUGUAUUUUCUUGAAAACUGUUUUAUUUUUAUUUUGCCAUAUUGUUUUCAGCUGACACUGGUGUUGACUGACACAAACAAAUGCUGUAACACAACCUCCAGAGGGCGCCCUUCAUCCAUUUCUCUGUUUGACCAGUGCACAUUCAACAGUGGAACAGCCUGAUUUUUGUCAUUGUCAAAAAUGAUGGCUAACCAUUGUUCUUCAGUUUUCAACAGUUGUUUCUUUUGAAUUAGACUGGCAAUUGAGAUAUUAAAAUAAACAAGAGAAGCAGCUCUAUAAAAGAAGAAAAAAAACACAUCUAGCCUAUUUUAUCUUUUAAUUUUAUUGCACUUUUUUCCACAUUUUUCCCCCCCCACUACAUAAAUCUAGGUGGAAUCUUUAAUUUAUUUUUGACUGACUAACCUAGAGCCUCAUAAUGUUGAUGAGUCACUAACAUUGUCACUGUAUAUCACAGUUCAUGUCAGUAGAAGGAUAUCCAUGAUUAAGACACGGAAAAAUAUUUUGUAAUUUAAUUUGUACAAAUAUUCCUGUUUACUUUUUUAACAUAAAAUUAUUUUGUAAAAGUUCUUCUUACAAUUACUUGUCACAUUAUGUGCAUUUCACAAUGAAACUUACAUGUUGUACUCUCAUGUUGUCUGUUAAUUUCAAGCCCAGAUUCACCAGUAAAAGUCUAAAAUUAACAUUUA